UAAAACUUCACUGUGAUUCUGUACAUUUUAGGAGAACCUGUUGCACACAUUUUUUGUGUAAACCUACUGAAGAUGGCUGAUAGCACAAUGGCUGUGUCCCAGUGGAGCCCUUCCUUUGUAGAAGAGCUUCUCCCUGCGGCUGAAAAGACAGCCCUUCUGUACCAGCUCUCUUACCUGUGCCUGGCCAACUUCCCCAACCUGGAGAGGACCAUCAGGAGUCGGGCUGUGGAAACUCAGCUUCUCUUUAGUUCCUCUGAUGCAACCAUGUUGAAAUGUAUUUUGACCAGUGACAACCUGGUUCAGUCGCUGUUUCCCAUGUUGACAACAGCUGUGGAGAAAAAUAAGCCACGUUUGGCCGUCAAAUACCUGGAAAAGGCACGAGCCUGGAUCACAGACAUCAUCAAAGAUGUGGACAGGAUUGUAGAAAAGUAUGAUUUACACAACAAAGAUAUAUCAUCGGCCACCAGUGAUGUUGUCACUGAAAAAUCAAAUACAGACAAGGACAUUGCAAAAAAAGAUCAAGAGCUGACGGCGACUGAAACCACUCUGAAUCAACAGAAGUCUGAGCUCCAAAACGUCAAUGCAGAGAUCGAUCAAAUUGAGAAAAAAAUAAACGACAAAAGUCAAGAGAUUCAAGACUUUGCCAAAUCCAUGAGCCAAACCAGCAAAGGCCUUGGCAUCUUCGCUGCAAUUGUGCCAUUUGUUGGGCUACUCGUCAAAAGCAUAUAUGAUUCUGUAAAUGAUCCUAAAAAUAUUGCAAAAAUGAAGGCUCUUGAAGCUGAGUUGAAUAAUCUGAUUGGUGAUAAAACUGCUGCGAAACAAAAGCAGUGGCAGCUCCAGCUCAGGAUCAUUGACUGGCAGAUGAAGGUUGCCACAGCCAGUUUUGACCGGACUUCUAUACCCGACCCCAUCCAUCUAGAUGAGGUGCAGAGUAGCUUGACAAAAAUUCAAUCAAUUAUGAUUCAGCUCAAAAACUUUUGGGAGAAAGUUGCUCAAAUGCUUAUCUACCUGGAACAAAAGACCUUUGUUGGAGAAGACCUUAUUGAUGACCUUGAGGAUCUAAAAGAUGAGUUUCUUAAAUCAAUCAGUGCAGCCAAAGGGGCUUGGACCAGUUUUGGUGCAGGCUGUCAGAAAGCUUCUGUCAUCUUUAAGCUCCAAACCAAAGAUUCCUACAAGUUUCUGGAGGUCAGUCCGUCCUCUCUCUCCAAGGAGGAAUGGCAACAAAUGUACGAAGAGGUCAAGGCAAAACUGGGGAAAAUAGACCCACCACCAAGCCUGCAAUCCUCAGAUAAACCUGCUAUUUGUCAGGAAUCUGCAGAGCACUAACAUACACAAGCAUAUAUCAUCUCCUCUGUGUGUGCUCUUUAGAAGCUUUUACAGCAAAAUUGCUGUUAAAUGCAUAAAGAAAUGGAUGGAAAAACAUCCAGUGAAUAAAUUUUGGAAACAUUA